AUGGCUGACGUCACAUUGCUGGGUGCUAACAACUUCCGUCGCUUCACUCCUGAGUCCUUGACUGCCAUUGAGAAACGCAUUGCAGCCAAGAAAGAAUGCAAAGACCUGCCCCCUGAGGAGAAGCCCCGCCCUCAGCUUGACAUCCAGGCAUUCCAGAAGCUGCCAGCCCUUUAUGGAAACCCUCCUCCAGAACUCAUCGCAGAACCCCUUGAGGAUCUUGAUCCCUACUACCAUGAUCACAAGACAUUUAUGGUGUUGAACAAAGGGAAAACCAUCUUCCGAUUUACAGCCAUGCGUGCUUUGUACAUCCUCAGCCCUUUCCAACCCAUCAGACGAACGGCAAUUAAGAUUUUGGUACAUUCAUGGUUCACUUGGUUUAUCAUGGUCACUAUUUUCACUAAUUGUGUCUUCAUGGCUCUUUCACCGGACUCUCAGACCAACUCAAAUCAGUCCACCUUAGCUGUGAACAGCAAGACUAUUGAGUAUGUUUUCACUGGCAUUUACACUUUUGAAUCAAUCAUUAAAAUAUUAGCACGAGGCUUCUGCAUGCAUGAGUUCACCUUCCUUCGAGACCCAUGGAACUGGCUGGAUUUCAGCGUGAUUGUGAUGGCUUAUGUGAGCGAGUUUACUGAUUUAGCCCGUGUUCAGGUUCUUCGGAUGUUCCGGGUGCUGAGAGCUUUAAAAACAAUUUCCAUUGUCCCAGGUUUGAAGGUCAUUGUAGGUGCCCUUAUCCAGUCUGUUAAGAAACUUACAGAUGUUAUGAUCCUGACUGUUUUCUGCCUGAGUGUCUUUGCCCUCAUCGGCCUUCAACUCUUUAAGGGACAUCUGAAACAAAAGUGUGUCAGAAACUACACGGAAUUUGUCAACGUGAGCUUACUAACAGAGUGUUUGAAUAGAACGGGUUCUCCAGAUGAAUGUAACUUGCCUUUGUAUGAGAAUUUCACCAACAAUGAAGCUAAUUACAAGAAAAAGAAUGGCACGGAAGAUUUUUUAUUGUGUCGCAAUGAUUCAGAUGCCGGCACCUGUCCAGCACAAUAUGUAUGCCUGAAGGUUGGAGGGAAUCCUGACUAUGGCUUCACAAGCUUUGAUACUUUUGGCUGGGCCUUUCUCUCCUUGUUCCGUCUCAUGACGCAGGAUUACUGGGAGCGCCUCUAUCAGCAGACUCUCAGAGCUUCUGGGAAGAUCUACAUGAUGUUUUUUAUGCUGGUCAUCUUUCUGGGCUCCUUUUAUCUGGUCAACUUGAUCUUAGCUGUGGUUACUCUGGCAUAUGAAGAACAGAAGAAAGCCACCAUUGCUGAAACAGAGGCAAAAGAAAGGAAAUUCCGUGAAGCCAUGGAGAUGCUGAAGAGGGAGCAAGAGGAAUUAACUGCUAAAGAAAAUGAUAGCAUGUCCCAUAGCUCCUUUGAAGUGUCACCUGUGGCAUCCAAAGAAGUCAAAGAACGGAGCAAUAGAAUGAAGAAAAAGUUGUCUUUAGGGAUGGAAGACCAUGGGGAAGAUCUAAACCUCCCCAGCUCCCAAUCUAGUGACAGCCAUCGGAAACCGGCUUUCUUUGGCCAUAAUUACGGUCCAAGUUCAAACCCAAUGAAACGCCGCCCUAGUCAUGGAAGUGUCUUCAAUUUCCAUGUAUCUGGUCGAGACACUGGCUCAAGGACUGAGUCUGGGGAUGGUGACUCCAGCAGCACAGGAGAGACAGAGAUCCAGCAUGGCUCAUUGCUGACUGCACGAACAGGAAGACGACCAAGCAUCCAAAGUCAGCUCAGCUACAGCCCUCGCCCUGCUACUCCAAACUACAUGCAGCCCAACAGAUGGACUGCUGGAGAUGAUUGCAAUGGGAUGAUUUCAUUGAUGGGAAGCAGUGGAAUGAGGCCAUUUAACACAGAGACCAUUUCUGGUGAUGGUUUAUUGCUUCCUCCAGUGAUGGAAAGCCCUAGUAGAGGUGAUCUGACAUCUUCAUAUGAUGAAGCCAACAAGAUGCUCCAAUCCCACCGUCUAUCUGUGGACCAGUAUAACAACCCACUUCAAAGACAAAGGGCAGCAAGUGCCGUCAGUGUAAUUACCAGUGUGCUGGAGGAACUUGAAGAAUCAAAUCGGAAAUGCCCGCCAUUCUUGCACAACUUGGCUCUCAAAUAUCUCAUCUGGGACUGUAGCCCAUGGUGGUUGACAAUAAAGAAGAGAGUGAGCUAUCUUGCUAUGGAUCCAUUUCUUGACCUUCUAAUCACGGUUUGCAUUGUGUUGAAUACUUUCUUUAUGGCGCUAGAACACUAUAAAAUGAGUCCCGACUUCAGAUCAAUGCUUAAAACAGGUAACUUGGUUUUUACAGGAGUUUUUACUGCAGAAAUGAUCCUGAAAAUAAUUGCACUUGAUCCCUAUUACUAUUUUCAGCAACGCUCAAAUAUCUUUGACAGUGUGAUUGUCUUUAUAAGCCUAAUUGAACUGAGCAUGGCUGCUGAGGAGGGGAGAACCAAGAAAGGAAACCUGUCCAUUUUAAGGUCCUUGAGGCUGCUGCGUGUCUUCAAGUUGGCAAAAUCUUGGCCAACCUUAAACACCCUGAUUAAAAUAAUUUUAAACACAGUGGAUGCUCUGGGUAACCUCACCCUUGUGCUGGUCAUUAUCGUCUUUAUCUUUGCUGUGUUUGGAAUGCAGUUAUUUGGGGGCCAGUACAAAAGUUCUCGCUGUAAUAUAUCUUCGGAAUGCAAACCACGAUGGCAUAUGGAGGAUUUUUUUCAUGCCUUCCUCAUUAUCUUCCGGAUUCUGUGCGGAGAAUGGAUUGAGACCAUGUGGGGCUGCAUGGUGGUAGCUGGGAAACCAUUAUGCCUGCUUGUCUUCUUGCUGGUUAUGGUGAUUGGAAAUUUAGUGGUUCUCAAUCUGUUCAUUGCGCUGCUGCUGAACUCCUUCAGUGCUGACAACCUACAACUCCCAGAAGAUGAUCAAGACAUGAACAACCUUCAGAUUGCCUUUGCACGGAUCCACAGAGGCCUUCAUGCAGCAAAACAUGCCAUGCUGGUUUUCUGUUCCAAAGCAUUCAGGUACAAGCGAAAAGCCGCCCUAAAGAAAAUAAAAUGUGAUUCUGAGAACAAUGCAGUGGAGCUAAAAAAAGAUGACACACAGUCCAAAGAGAUUUACAGGAAUGGCGAUGUUGAGAAAAAUAGGGAGAUGCCCUCCCUCAAUGCCUUGGAUGAUUUCAUCACCAAUCCCAGUUCGUUUGUCUGUGUUCCUAUUGCUGAUGCGGAGUCUGAUAGCGAGGACUCUGAAGAUGCUGGGGAUAAGCAGGGCCCAGUCAUGGAGGCAGAAAAUAUCAAACAGGAAAGCCAGCUGCGAUUGCGGGGAGAGAGGAGCAAGAGUUCUGAUGCCUGGAGUCGAACAUCUGAAAUUUCCUCCCUUGGGGAGUUAAGCACACAGUGGAAAGCUGGGCCUUCAUCACCAAGACUAAAAGAGAAAGUUGACACUAGCAGCUGUUCAGAAGGCAGCACUUUGGACCUAAAAGAUCCUGAAGAAUUACUGAAGAACAUCCCUGAGCUGUCUGAGGAUGUGAUGGAGCCAGGCGAUUGUUUCCCACAAAGAUUUGCUGAGCAUUUCCCUUGGUGUUCAUUGAAUACCAUGAAGUUUCCAGGUAGCCUAUGGUGGAAUUUAAGAAAGACAUGCUAUCGAAUUGUAGAACACAACUGGUUUGAAAGCUUCAUUGUGUUCAUGAUUCUGCUGAGUAGUGGAGCUCUGGCAUUUGAAGAUAAAUACUUGGAGAACAAACCAAAUGUUAAAAAAAUGCUGGAAUAUGCUGACAAGUUAUUCACUUAUAUCUUCAUCCUUGAGAUGCUUUUGAAAUGGGUGGCUUAUGGAUUCCAUAAGUAUUUCACCAAUGCAUGGUGCUGGCUUGAUUUCCUCAUUGUAGAUGUCUCCUUAGUAACCCUCAUAGCAGGUUUGGUUGGAACAUCUGACAUGGGCCCCAUGAAAUCCCUCCGGACCCUGAGAGCCUUGAGGCCCCUGAGAGCCUUGUCACGAUUUGAAGGGAUGAGGGUCGUGGUCAAUGCCUUGGUAGGCGCCAUCCCUUCCAUCAUGAAUGUUCUCCUAGUUUGCCUCAUUUUCUGGCUCAUCUUCAGCAUCGUGGGAGUCAACCUGUUUGUUGGAAAGCUUGGAAAAUGUGUUAAUCUGACAGAAGACAAUGCAACUUUAGAUAGUUCCAUUAAGAACAAAAAUGAUUGCGAGAUCUACAAUAACACUCAAAGGAUAUACUGGACAACGGUUAAAGUGAACUUUAAUAAUGUUGGCUCUGGUUAUUUGGCUCUCCUUCAAGUGGCCACAUUCAAAGGUUGGAUGGACAUAAUGUAUGCAGCAGUAGACUCAACAGGGGAAGAUCAGCAGCCCAGAUUUGAAAAUAAUAAAUACAUGUACAUGUAUUUUGUCAUUUUUAUCAUCUUUGGAUCUUUCUUCACCCUGAAUCUUUUUGUUGGGGUCAUCAUUGACAAUUUUAAUCAGCAAAAGAAAAAGUUUGGUGGAGAAGACAUCUUUAUGACAGAAGAACAGAAAAAAUACUAUAAUGCCAUGAAAAAACUGGGAUCCAAGAAACCGCAAAAGCCCGUCCCACGGCCAAUGAACAAAUACCAAGGAUUCAUCUUUGAUAUUGUAACUCUCCAAGCUUUCGAUGUCGGCAUCAUGAUCCUCAUCUGUCUUAAUAUGGUCACUAUGAUGGUGGAGACCGACGACCAAUCCCAAGGAAAGAUAUAUGUUCUUAGCAAAAUCAACAUCCUUUUUAUUGCCAUCUUCACGGCUGAGUGCGUCAUGAAGCUGGUGGCUCUGAGAUACUACUUUUUUCUCAAUGGAUGGAACAUUUUUGACCUGGUGGUUGUGAUCAUGUCAAUUAUUGGCAAUGUGCUUUCCGGCAUUGUGGUUUCCUUCUCACCUACACUCUUCCGAGUGAUUCGCUUGGUGCGGAUCGGAAGAAUACUCAGGCUGAUCCGAUCUGCCAAAGGAAUCCGAACACUCCUUUUUGCUUUGAUGAUGUCCCUCCCUGCUCUGUUCAACAUUGGCCUCCUGCUUUUCCUGGUCAUGUUCAUUUAUGCCAUUUUUGGCAUGUCCAACUUUGCCAACGUCGUAUGGGAGGCUGGGAUUGAUGACAUGUUCAACUUCGAGACCUUUGCAAACAGCAUGCUCUGCCUUUUCCAAAUCACAACAUCUGCUGGCUGGGAUGGACUUCUCAGCCCCAUUUUAAACACAGGGCCACCAUUCUGUGAUCCAAAUAAGGGAAACUGUGGGAACCCUGCAGUGGGCAUCAUUUUCUUCGUCACGUAUAUCAUUAUAUCAUUCCUUAUAGUUGUGAACAUGUACAUUGCCGUUAUUUUGGAGAACUUCAAUGUUGCCACAGAAGAGAGCACUGAACCUUUAGGCGAUGAUGACUUUGAAAUGUUUUAUGAAGUAUGGGAGAAGUUUGACCCUCUAGCAACCCAGUUCAUUAAAUACUCAGUGCUUUCUGAUUUUGCACAUGCUCUGUCAGAACCUUUGCGCAUAUGCAAGCCAAACAAGCUUGAGCUGAUUGCAAUGGACCUUCCCAUGGUGAACGGGGACAGGAUCCACUGCUUGGACAUCCUCUUUGCCUUCACCAAAAGAGUGCUUGGAGACUCUGGGGACAUGGACACCCUGAAAGUACAGAUGGAGGACAAAUUCAUGAUGGCCAACCCGUCCAAGGCUUCUUAUGAGCCAAUCACUACCACGCUCCGGCGGAAGCAUGAGGAAGUGUCUGCCACUAUAAUCCAGAGGGCCUUUCGCAGCCAUUUGCUCCAGCGUUCUAUGAAACAGGCCUCUUUCUUGCAUCGUCACAAAACCUGCGAUGGUGACAUCCUUGAAGAAGACGCUCCAGAGAAAGAAGGUCUCCUUGCACUGCUGAUGAAUGAAAACUAUAUCGGAAGCCCUGGAAAAUCCCAUACACCCUCUUUAGAAUCUAUCCCUCCAUCAUAUAACAGUGUUGCUAGAACCAUUGAUGACAGUGUUGCUGGAGCCAUUGAUGAAAGGGAAACAGCUGUGGUGGAGUCUCCAAAAAGCCACACGCCUAGGGAUGGCCAGCUACUCCCAGACAAAGACAAGAUAUCUAGUGUAUAA